AUGGCACCCAAGAAAGAGAAAAGCGGGACUUCGAGCAACAGUUCUAAGCUAUGGGAACCUUCGCUCAUCGGUGCACACUUCAAUCAGAAUGACUGGAAAGGCUCCAUCGCUUUUGUAGUUGGAAACCGGAUUGAGGAUGAUCUUCUCAUUCAAGCCCUCACCAUUGCUGUCCAGGUGCCUCAACGGAAAUUCUUCAGCAUCGUGUCCUGGCAAGACAUUCUCCAGCAGAUCAAUGAAUCAGAUGGACUUUUUGGAACUACAUCUAGAAAGGCAAAGAAACCUCCAAGCAGUAGUGCUCCCUUAUUUUAUGAGGUGAUAAUGGCAGCAAAGGCAAUUAUGGACAGCGGAGAGAAACUGACCCUACCACUGAUAGGGAAACUCUUGAAAUUUCAGCUUCUCCAGAUUAAAAUCAAGGACCAGCAGCGACGGGAAAAUGAAAAGAAGAUAAUAGAAGAUAGAUUCAAGAUAGAAAAGGAUAAAGGGAAGGCAAAAUCUCCCAAGGACAAGAAGACCUCAAGUGCCAAGGUUGCCAAAGGAAAGGGAAAGGAUCAGCCUGACACAAACACAACAGUGAAAAAGACCACGCAGUUAAAACGAAGGGGAGAAGAGGAUGACACUAAACCUUACAUUGACGAUGAGCCAGAUGAUGGUGCCCAACAUUACAUUAUAGUUGUGGGCUUCCACAAUCCUCAGCUAUUAGCGAUUAUGACUGAGCUUGGCAUUCCCAUAAGCAGCGUGAUUAAAAUAUCUUCAGAGAAUUAUGAACCUCUGCAGACACACCUGGCAGCAGUUAGCCAACAGCAGGAAGUUCUUCUUCAGCCAGAAGACAUAGAGGCCGAGAAACUGAAGAAAGAGAAUGCCAUAAGAGAACUUGAAAUUUUCUGGAAGUAUCUGGAACCAAUCCUGAAUAAUGAGAAACCUGAAACAAAUCUCUUUGAUGUUGCUCAACUUGAAUACAUGGUCAAGGCAGAUAACUUUCCUUCUGACUGGGCAGACAGCGAGAUGAUGCUGGAGUUGGGUACUGACAUUUUUGAAAAUAUUGCCUGUUUGAUGUAUGACACCCUGGAUUGGAAGAGACAGCACCAGCACUAUCUGGAAAGCAUGCAGCUUAUCAAUAUCCCACAAGUGGUUAAUGAGAAACCUAUCUUGGAAGCCACGUCAAUUACUGAGGCUCCACAACCUGUUGCUCCAAUACUUGGCAAGAAGAAAGCACAGAAUGAGGAAUCACAAGCCCCAACAUCAGCAGCCUUUGUCUUCACAACUGAAGUAGACAUGAGGUAUUACAAUGACUUGCUGAAUCCAAUUCCAGAAGAAUUCAUCUCUGUGCCUCUGAUACUGCAUUGUAUACUGGAACAGGUUGUGGCAACUGAAGAAGACCUUGUCCCGCCUAGACUGGUACAGCCGCCCCCCAGAGCAGAUGGGUUGGACCACAGAAUCGCAGCUCACAUUGUGUCCAUCCUGCCUUCUCUCUGUCUCACAGAGAGGGAGAAAAAGAAUCUCCAUGAAAUAUUCUUAUGUGAAGAAGAAAACGAAAGCAAGGCAGUGCCCAAAGGCCCUCUCCUACUGGACUAUCAUGAUGCACAUGCCCACAAGAAGUAUGCUCUAAAGAACCAAAAGAAUUUUGACCCAGUUCAAAUUGAGCAGGAGAUGCAGUCCAAGUUGCCACUGUGGGAAUUCCUUAAAUUCCCCCUGCCCCCGCCAUGGAACAGCACUAAACGUCUAGCUGCAAUCCAUGAGCUCAUGCACUUCUGUACAAAUGAAGUCUUGAGCUGGAAUGAAGUAGAACGAGCCUUCAAAGUGUUUACUUUUGAAAGCAUGAAACUCUCUGAGGUUAAUGAAGAAGGAAAGCUAAUACCUUCUGAGAUGAUGUAUGGAACAGAUUCUGAGAUGUUCAACAUACCAUGGGACAACCCUGCCAGAUUUGCUAAACAGAUAAGGCAGCAAUACAUCAUGAAAAUGAGCACCGAAGAGGCCAAAUGCCAAACAGAUACUGAAACCAAAGACAGAAUUUUAUUUGUGGAUCACAAUUGGUCAACACCUAUGCAAGAGAAUGAAAUCAGUAAGGAACCUUAUGAUGCUCAUCAGUCUGAUUCCAAUAAUAGGAAGCAUUCUGACCCAAACAGUAAGGAACUCUUAGACCCUGACGACGUAGAGCUGUCAGUGCAGAAGACCAGCUUGAAGACUCAGGUCCAGUCUGGGCCUUCAGAACAGACCAGGAACAAUGAGAUCAAAGAUGAAGGACUCACAAAGGCUGAUCCUCUUGAAAAGAAACCCAAGAAGAUGACUCUGGAAGCCGAAUUAGAGGACAUAACGAAAACUCAACAACGCAGUCUAAUGGACUGGAGUUUCACUGAACAUUUUAAACCGAAAGUUCUGCUUCAGGUUCUGCAAGAAGCCAGUCAGCAAUACAGGUGGAUUGAUUCUUAUUACCAUACCCAGGACAACUCUCUACUUUUAGUCUUUCAUAAUCCAAUGAAUACACAACGUCUGCAUUGUGAACAUUGGAACGUUGCUCUUCACUCCAACGUUGGAUUCAGGAAUUAUUUGGAACUUGUGGCAAAAUCCAUUCAAGAUUGGAUCAUAAAAGAAGAAGCCAUAUAUCAGGAAUCUAAAAUGGCUGAGGAAAUUAAUAGGACAAAGGCUGAGCUGGAAUUGAAAUCUGCUGGUGGCAAAAUCACUUCUCCUGGCAAAAUCAAUGCUGUUAAAAAAUCUAAAAGUAACAAAGGAAUGAGCAAAACAGAGAUAGCAGAUCAAGAAAAAGAAAAGGAAAAAGAGAAAGAGAAGAUUGCUUUCAUUUUAGAAGGCUCUCUCAAGGCAUGGAAAGAAGAACAAGAUCGAUUAGCAGAAGAAGAGCGCUUACAGGAAGAAAAAAAAGCAGAAAAGAAAAGUAAGGAAGCUAGUAAAAAGAAAGGAAAGGAAAAGGUAGAGAAAGAAGACAGUAGGGCUUUGAAGAAAAAAUCGUUUUUCAAGGAGAAAUCUAAAGAAGAACAAAUGAGGAUUCCAGAAGUAACAGAGGAACCCCUCCUGGAACCAGAACCUGAGAUUGUUUAUCCGUUUCAUGGAUACAAUAUGGGAGAUAUACCCAUCCAAAUCUCAGGAACAAAUUCUUAUCUGUAUCCUUCAGAUGGAGGGCAGAUUGAAGUUGAGAAGACAACAUUUGAAAAAGGGCCAACUUUUAUCAAAGUGACAGUGAAAAAGGACAAGCACACUUUUAUAAUUCAUUUAAAAGACCCUAAGAAAAUUGUGAAAAAGGAAAAAAAAGAAGAGGAUUAUUCUUCAGAAGAUGAGAAAGAAGAAAGAGAGGAAGAGCAGAAUCUUGAAACAGAAGUAUCAGAUACAGAGAAUAAAGUUGUCAGCAAGUUUGGAUCUUUUUCUGCCACCUUAGAAAAUGGGAUCUGCCUCUCAAUAAGUUACUAUGGACCAAGUGGAAUCGCACCAGAAGAUAAGGAUCCUACUUUGGAAGCCAUGUUGAGUAUCCCAUCAGCCCUUACUACAACAGUAAUUCCUCUUAUAGUGACUGUUCCUCAAAGCAAAGUAAAAGGAAAAACAAAAGGUAAAGAUAAACCCAAAGAAUCUCUUAAAGAAGAGGAACACCCAAAAGAAGAAGAGAAAAAGGAAGAAGUAGAACCAGAACUUAUUUUACAAGAGACACUUAAUGUUCCUACCUUCCAAAACCUAAAUGUGUCUUGCCCCAAUGGACUCCUUGUGACCUUCAUUGGGCAAGAGUCUACAGGUGAGUAUCUGAAUGUUAUGAAUGAGGAACCCAUUUGGGACAUCAUGGUCCGGCAGAGCUACCCCCAGAAGGUGAAGCACUAUGAGUUCUACAAGACGGUGAUGCCACCAGUGGAGCAGGAGGCAUCAAGAGUUAUCACCAGGCAAGGCACUGUUGUCAAAUACAUGUUGGAUGGAUCCACACAGAUUCUCUUUGCAGAUGGUGUUGUGAGCAAUAGUCCUGAUUCAGGUCCUGUUUGUCCUCCUGUUGAAAUGCCACCAAGCCCCCACAGCGGAGACUUGAUGGACACAGUUUCUCAGCAGAAGUCAGAAAUAGUACCGUCUGAGAUUGUCAUCCCAAAGAAAGGAAAAAGUCACAAAAAUCAGUCAUCAAUGGCGCAUAAGAAUGAAAGCCAUGAUCCUCCCCCAGAGACAAUUCAAACAGUAACUCCAGUGGAGGUUCAUGUAGGCACCUGGUUUACAACCACACCAGAAGGAAAACGGAUUGGCACCAAAGGAGUAGAAAGAAUAACAGACAUGACCCCAUUAUUAUCCUUUAAGACCACAGAUCCUGUCAAUGGAACGGUUAUGACAACUCGAGAAGACAAAGUAGUCAUUGUAGAAAAGAAAGAUGGCACUCGGAUAGUGGAUCAUGCUGAUGGUACCAGAAUCACAACCUUUUAUCAAGUUUAUGAAGAUCGUAUUACUCCUCCAGAUGAUCACCAAAAAACUGAACAUCCUCAAACUGUUACCAGGCAGGUGAAGUGCAUGCGGAUAGAAAACUCACACUAUGCCACUAUCAUCACCAACUGCGAGGACAGUAGCUGCUGUGCCACCUUUGGGGAUGGGACAUCUAUUAUUGCAAAGCCACAGGGAAAAUACCAGGUGUUACCUCCAAACACAGGCUGCCUUCACAUUGAUAGGGAUUGUUCAGCUACAUAUUGUCAUGAAACAAGCAGUGAUAUAUACCACCCUUUCCAAAAACGUGAGCAGCUAAGAGCUAGCAGGUACAUCAUGAAGCACACAUCGGAGGUUAUCUGUGAGGUCCUAGAUCCUGAGGGAAAUACCUUUCAGGUUAUGGCUGAUGGUAGCACAUCAACUAUGGUACCUGAAAACAAUUUAGAAAAUGAUUUAAAUGAAAAAGCUGAAGGCUAUGAUACUUUAUCAGCUACUCACCUUUGUAAGAACCAUCUGCAAAUCUAUGGUGAACACGUGCCCAGGUUUUUUGUCAUUUAUGCUGAUGGAUCAGGAGCGGAACUUCUUCGAGACAGUGACAUAGAAGAAUACCUAUCUUUGGCAUAUGGAGAAUCGGCUACUGUAGUUCUGCAGGAGCCAGUACAGGAACAGCCAGGUGCCCUGAGCAUCACUGUCCUUCGCCCUUUUUAUGAAGCAUCACCAUGGCUAAUGAAGAAAGAAUUAGAUACAAUUGUUCCUCCUAAUCUCCAGUCAAGGUCAUGGGAGACAUUUCCCUCCAUUGAGAAAAAAACUCCUGGACCUCCAUUUGGCACUCAGAUUUGGAAAGGUCUUGACAUUGGGUCCAAACAGCUAAUAAGUGCCCCAGGCCCUAUACUCAAGAGCCCUAACGUUCUACAGAUGCGUCAGUUCAUCCAGCAUGAGGUCUUGAAGGAUGAGGUGAAACUAAAGUUGCAGAUUUCCCUUAAGGAUUAUAUAAACCAUAUUCUAAAGAAAGAGGAUAAGCUACAGGAAAUGACUAUUAAAGAUUCCAGAACUGAGGAGGAAAGGGGUAAUGCUGCAGAUCUCCUCAAGCUAGUAAUGUCAUUCCCUAAAAUGGAAGAAACUACAAAAAGUCAUGUAACUGAAGUUGCAGCCCACCUAGCCGAAUUAUUCAAGCAAUCUUUGCCUACUGCUCCAGAACAUCCACCAAAAACAUCUGAUAAAUAUUUCCUUGAAAAGAAAUGGAGGCACACAGCAAAAACAAAGCACUGGAGAGAAAAGUUGGAACAAAAGAGGAAGGAAAUUGAAAAUACGCAAAAUUACCUAAAGGAAAUUAGGAACAAAGUCAUAUCACCCUACUUCAAAUCUGAAUUGAGCAAGUUAUAUCAGUCUCAGUUUAAUUAUCUGGACACCCUUUCCAAAAACUUGCCUCCUUUUACAAAGACAGAGGAAGAUGCAAACAAAACAGGUCUUCCGAAUGCAUCCGAUGAACUUCAUCCAGAUUGCCAGCAAGAUUCAGAACAGGAAUCCGUAAGAACAACAGGUCUUCCAAAACUGAAGAAUUUUGGGGACAUCACGGAGUCUGCUGGCCAGAACCAAACUGAAGAUUUAGCAAAACCUAUCGACGACCCAGAAUCCUAUGAGCCCGUGAAAAUUCCAACCCAGUCAUUGCUGCAGGAUGUCACAGGACAAGCCAGGAAAGAGAAAGUGAGGUUACCACACUACUUGUUGAGUUCCAAGCCCAAGUCUCAACCUCUCACGAAGGUGCAGGAUUCUGUUGGAGGAAGAGUGAAAACAUCCUCUGUUGCAUCUGCUGCCAUUAAUAAUGUGAAUUCAUCCCCUUUUGGUUUCCACCUGAUCCCACCAUCGGUGAAGUUUGGCGUGCUUAAAGAGGGACACACCUACGCAACCACUGUAAAGCUCAAGAACGUGGGAGUGGACUUCUGCAGAUUUAGGGUGAAGCAGCCCCCACCCAGCACAGGACUGAAAGUGACUCACAAACCCGGACCUGUGGCGGCUGGUUUGCAAACAGAACUGAAAGUUGAGUUAUUUGCCAUGGCUGUUGGAGAGGAUGGUACCAAGGGAUCAACACACAUCUCACACAAUAUUGAGAUUAUGACGGAGCAUGACGUCCUGUUCUUACCUGUGGAAGCAACAGUUUUGACAAGCAGCAAUUAUGAUAAGAGACCAAAAGAUUUUCCUCAGGGAAAAGAAAAUCCCAUGGUCCAGAGGACUUCUACGAUUUCUUCCUCUACACUUGGAGUCUUCAUGUCCCGUAAAAUUUCUCCACAUUAG